CUUCAAAACCUGUCAACAACGUCGACCAACACUUUUCAAUCAACAAAGUCACAUCAUACCGCAGCAAUGUCGUCGUUCCCACCACCCGUCGUCAACACCAUUGACUGGGACGACAUCGGAUUUAAGGUCAGAGAAGUCAACGGCCACAUCGAAUCCACCUACUCCGUCAAGACCGGUCAAUGGACGCCUUCCAAAUUCGUCUCCGAUCCCUUCCUCCGCCUCCACGGCAUGGCCCCCGGCCUCAACUACGGCAUGCAAUGCUACGAAGGCAUGAAAGCCUCCCGCGGUCCAUCAGACAACACCAUCGGAAUCUUCCGCCCUCAGCAAAACGCCGAACGCAUGCAACACUCCGCGUCCUUCGUUUCGAUGCCGGAGAUCCCAGUCGAACACUUCAAGCAAUGCAUCCACCUCGCGGUCUCGUUGAACGCCGAGUACGUCCCGCCGCACCGCACAGGCGCAGCGAUGUACAUUCGCCCGUUGCUGUUCGGAUCAUCCGCGCAACUCGGCCUCGACCCGCCGGAGGAGUACACGUUCGUCGUCUACGUGAUGCCCACAGGCGUCUACCACGGCGUGCAUCCCGUCGCAGCAUUGAUCCUCGAGGACUUUGACCGCGCCGCUCCCGAAGGCACCGGGUCCGCCAAAGUCGGCGGCAAUUACGCGCCCGUUCUGCGACACAGCGGCAAGGCGAAGAAGGAAGGCUUCGGCAUCACACUGCACCUCGACUCCCGGACGAGAUCGGAGAUUGAUGAGUUCAGCACGUCGGGGUUCAUUGGUAUCCACGGCACGCCCGAGGAGGGAUGUACGGUUGUUGUGCCGGAUAGUAAGAAUGUGAUCAAAAGCGUCACGUCGGAUAGUAUUUGUCGGAUCGCGGAGAGCUGGGGUUGGAAGGUUGAGCAGAGGCCGAUCAAAUACGACGAGCUUCCCAAGUUCACCGAGAUUGCCGCCGCCGGCACUGCUGCUGCUCUCGUGCCGAUCAAGAGCAUCACGAUGCGCUCCAAGGGCGACACUUUCGAGUACCAGGGUGGUGGAGAUGAGCCUGGUCCCGCGGUUGUGAAGUUGCUUGCGCAGCUGAAGGGACUUCAGCAAGGCAAAGUGGAGGACACGUUUGGCUGGGUCGAGGCGGUGCGGGAGUACAAGGCUGGAGAGUAUGCUACUGAUGGAGCUGGGAAGACAGGUGUGAACGGCAAGACUCCGAGUGAGUUGCCUUGA